GUAUCAUAGACUAGCUGUUCAUGCACAAAUAGCAAGCGGCAAAGCUUUGGUGCGAUAAAUAUAAAUAUUAAUAAUGGCAAGGCGGGUCAACAUUUUUGGGUGCUGUGCAUUUUGCGAUCGUGAGGUCGGCAGUGAUGGGCGCCCCAUCAAUAAUGUUAAUAUCCACUCGGAUGAACGUGAGUUGGACCAGCCAACAACAUCAGAUGUUAGUGUGUUGAGUGCAACUUGUUCGGAGGAUUCAACGAUUCGACUACAGGAGGAUGAUAUGGAAGUUUCGGAUUAUGAUUUGCUGAAUCCCAUUUUGGAAAUUGUCGAGAAUCAGUUUGAGCUCGGCACAAAUUCUGAAGCGGUAUUGGAGGAUGAUGCUAAGCUCGUUAUGACUGUGCUAAGGGAAGAACGGAUUCGAUAUGAAAACUAUUUGGCCGAGAACUCUGCGCAUUUGAAAACGCCGAUCUAGCGACAGAGGCAUUAGCCAAUAUUGCUCCACUGGCAACAAUACUCAAAAAACAUUUUCUCAAAUUUAACUAAAUCGUAUUCAAAAUUCCGCCACAUGCAUGGUUCUUAAAGUUAUGUUUUUUCAAGCUGGACUUUCCCUUAAAUCUUUAGACAUGUAAUCAGUGGGAAUCUUAACGAUAUUUAUUUUUGAUUUCUUAACAAAUUUUCCAAAUCAAUUUUUAAUAACA